GCUAAUAAUAAUGCAUUAUUUACUUCUAGUGAGUUUCAUAGCCGAAAUUCCCUCCUUCGUGGAUGUGCAUGUGCAUGUAACUAAAGGAGAACUCGUACGUCAGCCAAACGUAAACCAUCAAUGGAAGAAAAGAAGGUUAAUUAAAGCCUUAUUAAAGGUAGGAAUGGUGGGCUUUUGGCCCCAGAAAAGAAGGUUAAUUAAAGCCUAACCAUACUAGGAAGACAAACAAGUCAGGAAGCUGGAAGUUAGAUUAAGAGGUGAUCAGAUUUGAUAAGUAUCCUUUUGUAAGGUCAAAGCUAACCGUACGGCCAUGGUUUCAAACAAGAGAAUUAGAUACAGACAGUUUCAUUAGUUUAUUCGAGAUUUACAGUUUAGCAGAUCGAGCCAUCUCGUUCGAUCUUUCGUUAGAUUGACGGCUGUAACAAUCGACAUGUCAUAACAAAGCCUGUUUAAGUUGCAUAGUCGAUCACAUUAACGAUAGAAUGGACGUAACGAGACAAAGUCGUGCGACUCUUGUGUCAUCAAAUAUCAUAGUUCACAUACUGUGAUUUCAGUUUUCUGGGGAAGUCAUGUCUCAUUUGAUAUAUAUAUAUGGUGACUACUUCAGUGCACUUAAUUUCUUAGGUACAACCAACUCUAACAGUGAUCAUAAUACAUCAAAUUUUGAACUUUAAUUGAUAGCAUUAGUAUAUAUGAUAAUAUAACAUGGAAUCACAAAUAAACAAUCCAUUAUCCUAACCCUUUAACCUUCAAUUUUGAAUCCCAACCCAAAACCCCAAAUUAUAAACCCUAACCCUAAAUUCCUAAACUGUAAAUCAUUCAAUUUAAAGUAAGAUAUUGAAUGAUUUUCGUACAAAUCCGUGUUUCUUGUUCAUCAUACCAUAAGUGAAGAUUGACAUUGUUUUCACAUAAAUUGUCUGCCCCGAAUGACGAUUAUUAGGCGAGUGCAUUGAAUGCACCAAAAAAAUGAGUGCACUGAAGAUAUAAUCAUAUAUAAUUACAAACACCAAAAGAGCAUAUCCUCACUACUAGCGUCUAGCAGUGUAUAUAUAGUCCUUUGCAUCAAAGAAUGCGGUCAUAUCAAUAUGUAUUACCAUUUACCAGUGUAUAUAUAGUCCUUUGCAUCUUGCAUUAUUUUGUUCUUUGUGGGUCGAAGCUAAACUCGGAUGGCAGCUAUUUCAAAAGAAUAACCUUAUUCAGCCACGAAAAGCUAUCAAAAUGUGGCUGUCUUGACUGCUGAUAUCAGAUCGAUCAAGUGCUGCAAAUUGAGAACACUCUUUUGUCAAUCAAAAAGAAUAUGCAAAUACAAUCUUAAUUAUCUAAUGACUAAGGGUGCAUGGUAUGUGGUUUGGUAUUGUUUCAUACAUGCUCAAUCAAACGACAUACGAGACUGAUUGUAUUAAUGUUUAUGAAAUACGAUAUGAUCACCUUAUGGUCAUCAUCAUUAUGUAAAUGAUAUUAUUCCAUCAAUGAUGUCAUAAUCUAACAUAUAAGAGUCAUUUGAUUGUGAAGAUAUAAUCCGAUUGCCUCAAGUUCGUCAUUUUAUAACGGAUACUAUUAGAUCAUCGAUAUCAUGAUUUGGCAUACGAGUAGAGAUGGUUGUAUUGUUACUGUUGAAUAAGAUCUUAUCAGUACAAAGUUUUCGUUCAGAAGACGGUAGUGAUACCUUCGAGAUUGAUGAUGUGAUGGUAUUAUAUCAGAUUUCUGGCGAUUUUUUUCGAAAUGCCACUUUCUUUCGAUUCUGGAGGAUACAGACCACGGAUUCAGGCCGAGGCUAUUAUCCGCCGAUAAUGAAGUCUAUUGAUCCUAUUCUCCACAAUUUAUUUUCGGAUGCAAUUUUCGUAAUUUUUUGGUCGACCAAAGGUAAUUUUCUUUGGAUUUUGAAGGCUACAGAUUAUGGAUUCAACUUGAGGCUAUUCUUCAAUGAUUAAUUCCAAUAAGCACCGAUUUGGCGAAUUUAUUCCGGAUCACUUUUUGGCGGAUUCCAAAGGGGUACCAUCACAGAUUUCAGGUGAUUUUCCCGAAAUGCCAUUUUCUUUCGAUUUUGGAGGCUACAUAUCACGGAUUCAGGCCGAGGCUAUUCUCCACCUAUAUGAAGUCUAUCGAUCCUAUUCUCCACAGAUGAUUACUUCCAUUAAGUAUCGAUUUGUACCAAUUUAUUUUUGGAUGGAAUUUUCAAAAAUUUUGGGUGACAAAAGGCCAUUUUCUUUGGAUUCUGAAGGUUAAAGAUCCCGGAUUCGGCCAGAGGCUAUUCUUCUACGAUGAUUACGUCCAAUAAGCACCGAUUUAGGCGGACUUAUUCAGGGUCAAUUUUUGGCAAAUUCCAAAGGGGUAUCAUCACAGAUUUUGGACAAUUUUUCCAAAAUGCCAUUUUCUUUCGAUUCCGGAGGAUACAGAUCACAGAUUCAGGACAAGGCUAUUAUCUAUCGAUAAUGAAGUCUAUUGAUCCUAUUCUCCAAAGAUGAUAAGUCCAAUAAGCACCGAUUUGGCCCAAUUUAUUUUCGGAUGACAUUUUCGUAUUUUUUUUGGGCGACGAAAGGCCAUUUUCUUUGGAUUUUGAAGGCUACAUAUCACGGAUUCAGCCUAAGGCUAUUCAACGAUGAUUAAUUCCAUUAAGUACUGAUUUGGGUGAAUUUAUUCCGGGUCAAUUUUUGGCGGAUUCCAAAGGGGUACCAUCACAUAUUUUGGGCGAUUUUCCCGAAAUGCCAUUUUCUUUCGAUUCUAGAGGCUACAGAUCACGGAUUCAGGCCGAGGCCAUUCUCCACCGAUAAUGAAGUCUAUUGAUCCUAUUCUGCACUGAUGAUUACGUCCAUUAAGCACCGAUUUGGGAGGACUUAUUCCGGGUCAAUUUUUGGUAGAUUCCAAAGGGGUAUCAUCACAAAAUUUGGGUGAUUUUAUCGAAAUGCCAUUUUCUUUUGAUUAUAGUGGCUACAAAUCAUGGAUACAGGGUGAGGCUAUUCUCCAACGAUAAUGAAGUCUAUUGAUCCUAUUCUCCAUGGAUGAUUACGUCCAUUAAGCACCGAUUUGGGCCAAUUUAUUUUUGGAUGGCAUUUUCGUAAUUUAUUGGGCGACAAAAGGCCAUUUUAUUUGGAUUUUGAAGGCUACAGAUCACAGAUUCGGCCUGAGGCUAUUCUUCGACGAUGAUUAAGUCCAUUAAGCACUGAUUUGAGCGAAUUUAUUCCGGGUCAAUUUUUGGCGGAUUCCAAAGGCAAAGGGGUACCAUCACAGAUUUUUGGCGAUUUUUCCGAAAUGCCAUUUUCUUUCGAUUCUGGAGGCUACAGAUCACGAAUUUAGGCAGAGGCUGUUCUCCACCGACAAUGAAGUCUAUUGAUUCUAUUCUCUACGGAUGAUAAGUCCAUUGAGCACCGAUUUGGGCCAAUUUAUUUUCAUAUGGCAUUUUCGUAAUUUUUGGGUGACGAAAGGUCAUUUUCUAUGGAUUUUGGGGGCUACAGAUCACCGAUUUGGCCCGAGGCUAUUCUUCAACGAUGAUUAUGUCCGUUAAGCAUAGAUUUUGGCGGAUUUAUUCCGGGUCAAUUUUUUGCAGAUUCCAAAGGGGUACCAUCAUAGAUUUCGGUCCAUUUUCCCAAAAUGCAAUUUUCUUUUAAUUCUGGAGACUAUAGAUCACGAAUUCAGGCUAAGGCUAUUCUCCACCGAUAAUGAAGCCUAUUGAUCCUAUUCUCCACGGAUGAUUACGUCCAUUAAGCACCGAUUUGGGCCAAUUUAUUUUUGAACGGCAUUUUCAUAAUUUUUGGGUGACAAAAGGGCCAUUUUCUUUGGAUUCUGAAGGUUAAAGAUCACGGAUUCGGCCUGAGGCUAUUAUUCUACGACGAUUACGUCCUUUAAGC